ACGUGAUUUGGUCCCGUCUAUCGCCCGAACAUGCGUUAUAUAAGCAGCAAAGCAAAAACAAAUUGCUUCAUAAACAAACCAGAAACAUGAGGGUCCUAAUCAUUGCUGUUCUUGCUCUAAUUGGCUAUGUUGAGUGUAGUGGCGAUAAACAUCCUUACUUAGUAUCGAUUGAAUACAAAUCAUUGGUUGAGAAAGAGGUGGUAUCUCAACACAUCUGCAGCGGAGCAAUUAUUUCUGAAAAGUUGAUCUUGACAUUGGCUAGCUGUAUGAAAGGAUAUCAUAUUGAUGAUUUGAGAGUCAGGGCAGCAUCUCCUUCUAUUAGAAGAGGUGGAAUCGUCAAGUCCGUCGAAAAGAUAGUCCCCCAUGAAAGGUAUACAACCUCCAGGAAGGAUUACGACAUAGCCGUCGUACACAUCAAGGUACCAUUCACUUUUGAUGAGGACAUCAAAGCCCUGAAGUUACCAACCGGAACUGUUGCUCCAAGUGUUGGAAGCCAUGCCACCUUAACUGGAUGGGGUGUUACUGAUGGAUCUGAUUUAUUGGAAUCUGUGGAUUUGGAAAUGACUGUUCCAAUUCAAUGCAAGAAUUUGUAUGCUCCAUCUAUCAUUUACAUCACUGACAGGAUGUUCUGCGCCGGAAAUACUGUAGGAAGAACCGGUUGUAAGACUGACCCAGGCAGUCCUCUGGUAUCCUCAAACACACUUCUCGGUCUAUCGGUAUUCGAUAUGAAAUGUGGUAGAUAUCCAGGAAUCUACACGAACGUGGCCAACCUGAAGAAAUGGAUCAGCUUAUAAAAUGUGUUCAUCGGGCUGAGAUAAUUCGCAUCCAUAACUAGAACGGUCAUUAAUUUAGUCUAAUGCCCAGAUUUAGAGGAUUAUAGAGUGACUAUGUAUAGUCUUGAUACUGUUGUUAUUUAAAUAAUGUCGGCCUGGAGUGGAGGAUACACCAAACCAAAGCAUCUUUUGUUCCAUGUCGCAUAAAUUAAAAGCACAGAAUACGCUUCAUCUAGUUAGCAACCCCCAGUUUCCGCUGAUAAAAAUCUCAUUUGUUCCGGGCACCAAAAAUGUCACAAAGCACAAUGUAAAUUGCGUUUGAAACGAAAAUGCAAAACUCGUCUGCUUUAUGUAUGCAUAAAUAAAUUGCUUCGUUUGUACCAUCUUAAA